CUGUCCGACACUUCCGCUCUGUGGCGUUGUUCCUCUUUCUGGACUUCAAACGUUUUGAGCCCAAAAAAAUCAAAAACCCUCGACUGGGUUUCGGCAAACUGGACAAAACCCUUUGAUCGCUAAGGAUAACAUUCAGCUUCACUCUAUUAGUUACAUUUUGGCGCAUUCUCAGACUUUUCCCGCGAUGGAUGACGAAAUAAGCUCCACAACUGGAGAAGCGAAACUGCUGCAGGACCCAGUAGAGAACCAGCAGAACUUUAUGGACGCGCAGAACUUUCCACAGGACCCCGACACCACUGAGACGUUCGAUCUGGACGACGAUGAUAUUCUGGACUUGGCCGGAGGAGCGCAGGAUGCUCUCGCCAGACACCGGGCCACGAGGCACCCGGAGCCGGACACCGAGCGGGUGAGCACCGCGGGGCUGGAGGACCGGACCAAACUAGAAGAUCCAGUCAAGAAGGGAGAAACUGAUGUCGGACCGGUCCGGCCUGCAUCUACAUGUAAAGCACCGUCUGCACUGGUAGAAUUGGUGUACUGGCGCGACCUGCAACGGACCGGAAUCUGUUUCGGCGCAAGUCUGUUCCUGCUGCUGUCUCUGAGCGCGUGUAGCAUUGUUAGCGUGUUGGCGUACAUCUCGCUAGCGCUGCUGUCCGUCACCAUCUCCUUCAGGAUAUACAAGGGCAUCGUCCAGGCUGUGCAGAAGUCUGAGGAUGGACACCCAUUCAAGAUGUAUUUGGAGCAGGACAUUGCAGUUUCCGCGGACGUUGUGCAUAAAUACAGCGAGCUGGCCCUGGGGCGCUUUAACGCCACCGUGAAAGAGCUGCGCCGCCUCUUUCUGGUGGAGGACCUGGUGGACUCUCUGAAGUUUGCGGUGUUGAUGUGGAUCCUUACGUACAUUGGUGCUUUAUUCAACGGCCUGACACUCAUCAUUAUUGCUCAUGUGGCAGUGUUUACUUGGCCAGUAGUCUAUGAGAAACACCAGGUGCAGAUUGACCAUUACUACGGACUGGUGAACAACCAAAUCAAAGAUGUGAUAGCAAAGAUCCAGGCUAAGAUCCCCGGAGCGAAACCCAAAAGUGAAUGAAGAGCCGGAGGAGGGCGACUGUGAGGGAGCGAGAGGAGUGUGUUCAGGAGGAAUUUGAGGGAUGGUUUAGAGCAGUGGUUCUCGAUCCUGGUCCUGGAGCACCGCUGCCGCAUUCAUUUUAGAGUUUUCUCUGUUCUCAGUGUACCUGAUACUACUAAUGAUCUAAUUAACAAGCCCUUCCUGAGGAGAACAGGGAGAACUCUACGACAUGCAGGGCAGUAGUACUCCAGAACCAGGAGGAGAACCACUUGUUUAGAGGGACAGUUUAAGCAGUGUGAUUUCAGAACAAGGCCUUUGACAUUGCAAUGUAAAAAUACACACACACACACACACACACACACACACACACACUUACCAUUGUCACUAGCUAAACUGCUCUUUCACAAUAGUUCCAGUACUUAGUUAUUUUGAAAUUAACAGCUUUAGUGAAGAUAAUUUAAGGUCAGUAGAGACGAAGCUGAUGGGAUAUUUCUGUCCAGUGAAGCCUUUAACUGAGGUCAGCUGAUUGUUUUCCAGUUUUCCUCCUUUCCGAAGGAGUAAAACAGCACACAGAGUUUCAUCAGCCUCGGUUUUAGCUGUUUUUCUUUUUUUUUUUUUCUUUUCUUAUUCAUAGAACUGCUGGUGCUGAUAUAGAGGUGUGAAUUUUGAGCGAGAAAUUCAGUCACAUGACCAGCGUCUGUUUUUCACAGUAGGUCAUGUGUUUGAAUUUUUUUUUUUUUUAUUUCUCUGUGCUUUAUGGAAAGGGCUCUGUUACAUCAUGACCCCAAAACUUCUUUUACCAUUUUAGUCAAGUGGAAUGAGUAGGGAACAAAAAAAAAGUGAAAAUCUAAAAAAAAAAAAGAAAGAAAAAGAGAAAUUGCUGUGUUAUUUUGUCACUUCAUUACUUAGAGCUGCCUUUAGUGUCAAUGCAAAUCGUUUACGCACCAUGCUGUCUCCUUUGUGGACCGAAUAUCUGAAACGGUACAAAGCUCUUAAUGUAAAUUUCAACCAAAUUCAAGCACUGUUUGUCAUGCAGGUCAUUCGAAAUCAUAUUUCGUAAAAUUUGAUGACUUAUUUGCUGAAGGCUGUCUGCUGAAUGCAUUGUGAAACUUAAAUCAUUAUGAAUAAAGCUGUAGACAAACUUAAAGAA